AGAUACUUAGGCAUGUCUGUAUUUUUUCCCCAGUUUUCUUUGCAAGACGUUCUUGAAAAUGGCCAAUUACGGUGUUGGAUUCCCAUUUAUUGGCCGCCUGUCUGUCCACGUACAUUGUGCAUACGAAUGUGUGUGUGUGUUUUUCGCAGUGUGGGUAGAAAGACGAGUAUAAAUUGCGGCGAGGAUCAAAUGUCAGGCUGAAACCCAACCGCAAAGCUACAGAAGAUCUGAUAAAUAACCCCGGUCGCCACUUGUCGUGUCUGCUUCACUUGCAUUUUCGCAGUCCCAAGAAGAGGAGACUCAAUCCGAAACGUGCAAGCAUAUACGUACAAGCAAACAUAUGUACGUGUGUACACAUACAUAUACAGACAACGGAUACAGUCUUCGGUUCCAGGCUCACGAUCGUUCCAGCUGGAGCUUUUGUUCCCACACACCCUCGUCUAUAUGUAGAAAUGUAUGUACGCUGUGGCGGUGGCUCCACUGGCGUGGCGUGAAUUUUGUACGUUCCCUCCAGCUCCAUUUCCAAGCGGCCCAGCCAGCCGACCGUAGUAAAAUCCAGUUUUGAUAAAAAUAAACAAAGUACACUACACCGCUCUCUAUACGCUACACUAUGAAUUUCCAGUCAAAGCGGCCGGGUCACCUGGAAAAGGAUCUCCUUUCGCGUAACGAGAGGGAGCGGCAUAGAGCUUACUGGAAAGACUUUUACCGCUAAAGCGCGACAUGUCCGCUCAAGUCGCUGUACGGCUGGAAUUCUAUUGCAAUAUACGUUUUUCGGUGCAGAGCAUAUUGGAUUCGUUACGGUGGGCCCACAACGGCGAAGUUAACAACCGUAAAAAGCGCAAAUACGACACACAGAGUUGCGGCCAGCGCAGCGGAAGCUUAACAUCCGGAUAAUAUUGCCAGGCAGCUCAGUUGUUGUUCUGCCGCCUCGCCUGCGCCUGCUUCUUCUUCUUCUGCUUCUUCUUCCUCUUCUUGGGUCUUCUGUUCGUGGCAAAGCCUGUUGCUCAAGCCUCUCUCCUUCUUCCCGAUCCCGCUGCUCCGCCUUGCCUUUGCCUGUGCCGUCGCAACCAGCUCCGUCCGCUCUUUCCACAAUUCUCUCUCGGCACCGCCAAAAGGCACGUAAACUGGUUGUUGCUGGCUGCGCCGUACACUUCGUGGUGCCCGUAUUUUUCGUAUUUUCAGUGCUGCCUGAACGCUUGAGCUGCGCGAGUCGCUUGCCGGGAAACUCGGAGUUGGAAUCGGAACUGGAUCUGGCUAACUAGCUAUCGGAAAUUGGCCACUCGGAUCUGGACAUGGAGAUGGCCUACAAUGCGUCAUCGUCGGCGGCCUCCGUUGGCUCUGCCUCUGCCGCCGCCUCUGCCACCGCCUCCUUCGCCUUCACCAACACCGCCAAGCUGCCCAUCGAAACGGUGAAGCGCCUGAUUGCCGCCGUCUCACGACGUCCGAUGUUGUGGCUGCGCAACAAUGCCAAUGGCCAGAAGCGCAGCGACAUCACGCCCGUUUGGUUCGAGGUGGGUCAGGAUGUGAAUUUGCCAGCCGACAUCUGCCGCAUUAAGUGGGGCCACCUGAGGGACAACUUUCGCAAGGUGUACAUCCGCAAUAACCUGUCCAAUGAGACGCCCUCGUCGUGGCGCUUCUACAACGACAUGCGGUUCAUGGAGCCCGCCGUUCACGAGAAUAUCAUGCGUCAGACGAGGAGCAGCAGCAAGAAGCACCCACCCGGACACUGGACGGAGAACAAUAAUGUGCUGGGGCCGGACAAGUAUGACUCAAUGCCCAUUGUGGCUACGGAGCCCAUAUGCGAGCUCAGCCACAGCUAUGACUCGGAGCUACACCAGCCCAGCUUCUCGGACAUCAGUUCGUUCUUCGAGGAUCGCGACUGCCAGCCGCCGGAGAAUAAGAGAUUUAAGUCGGAGCCGAGUCAAAGGGAGGAGGACGAGGAGGAUGACGAUGACUUCGACGAAGAUGCCGCCUCGGAGAACUUGGAAGAGGAACGCGCAAAUCGUGCCGAUGCUUCCAGUUCUGGUGUAUUCACCAUAGAAGUGCUCGAUGACGACGACGAAAUGGAGCAGGCGGUGGCCAAGACCAAGGCGAAUAACACUAGCCACGGCGGAUGCAUCCUGAAGAGCGAGCAGGAGGCCAAGGUGUUCUCCAACUCACAGUCACCCUCCGCCGAUAUGCCAUUCAAGUAUAUCAGCACGGAUGCGGCCACGAAUACGGAUCCCUCGGGUGGAGAUCUCCAGGACGAGGCGGAUCGGAUGUUCCUGCUCAGUCUGAUGCCCUUCCUGCAAAGAUUGGACAGCCGUCGGCGUCUGCGCGUGCGCCAGAAAUUGCAGAACGUGCUCAUCGAGGAACUGGAGUUCGGCUGAGGACGCGCAUGUCCGGGGGAAUGUGGGGAGAUGUACUUUAUAAGCCUAGCUUACAGUAUUAUAAGAACGCGACUGACUAACUCUGUGAAUCUGCCUACAUACGUAGCAUGUAAUCAGUAUUCCGGCCUGCUUUCCUUCAUACCAACACUUCAAUACAUACCAUAUUGCAUUACAAUACAUAUUUACACUUCAAAUAGACGAUCACGCCAGCAUGA